AUCACAAUUACAUGGACAAUUAUACAAAUGAGAUGAUUCAGCGACUUUUAGGACAGACAAUAGCUACUUUCCUUACUGAGAGGAGUUGGCAACACUGCCUCCCUCUGUAGGAACCGGAGCUCGGUGAACAGACACUCCGCAGACAUGGCAGCUGCCACUACCCCGGUUGUUCCUGAACAGUCGGCGUCAACCACCCAUUUACCGAUGCUCGACUUAUCCAAGCCCCCGGUUAUAGACGGAUUUACACCUCUAUCGCGACCCAGAGAAGAGACUUUCCAGGAGAAGUUUAUGAGGAAGUCGAAGGAGAACCCGUUCGUCCCUAUAGGUUGUCUCGGUACAGCUGGAGCGUUGAUGUACGGUCUCCGAGCCUUCAAACAAGGCAAGACCCGACAGUCCCAGCUCCUGAUGAGAGGACGUAUCUUCGCACAAGGCUUCACUGUAGUAGCUAUUAUCUUCGGCGUGUUCACCACAGCCCUGAAGAUAGACUGAGCAGCAUCAGGGUUGUAUUCAUUUACUGCAAAACCUUUUUUUUUUGCAACGGGAAAUAACUAAAAACAAGGUUUGUUAUUAGACAAGUUCAGGUAGUCCCUCCUUGUUUCAGACUGUUUUCUAGCGUUCGGUGGCUAGUGAAUACGACCCAGGCCUUUUGGAACCUCAUGCCAGUCAUGUUCUCGGAGAGAACCGUGGUGGGAAUGAAAUGUUGUUUGAAUAUGUAGAAAGACUAACAGAACAGAUAUUUAAAAAAGGGCCAACAAACCGUUUUUUUCUCUCUCUCUCCUUUUUCUGGACUUCCUUAACUGUGCUUUUGGGCUGAUCCAGUCAAAUGAAAUGUACACCCUGUCCUGCAGAUGGCAAAGCAAGCACGGCACAGACUGCCUUGAGUUUAAAACAUAAUUGUGUAACUGUAUAAAGUGCAAUGCAGCCAUCCACAUAUGUAAACACACAGCCAACCCACUACCACUUGCUUAUCUGUUAGAUCCACCUUCUGUAAUAGAUAAUUAUUACAAGAUUCAGAACCACCUUUAUAGCACCAUGUAUUGUCAGUUCCAUUUGCCAUGUAUUAACCAUAUCAAGUAAAACACAGAGUCCUGUCCCUUUAAUAAAAAUGUAAAACUUCA